AUCUCAGCCAAGAGUCAAGAGGCUCACCUGCGCUCUGUUGGAGCUGAGCUUGGAUUUACUGGUGUGAGAUAUGAUAAGAAUGUUCUCUGAAUGAGCCAGCCUCCAGAGGAGUGUCUAUAUGCUGGGAAGCACCAGGUUUACCACCAGGAUCUCUGGGAACACCAAGGACAUACAGCCUCUUUUCACAGGCAGGCAGGUGGGCAGGCGGCUGGAGUUUUAUCAAUGGGCUUGUAAUUGAAUUCUGAUUUGAUUCCAUCAGUUUUUCAUCAACAGUCGGGAGCCACACGGGUGACAUGAGUUUUGGUGUAUGAGAUUGGACUCUCAUUCCGUUUGUGGAGUAAGAAAAUAAUCCUAUAGAGAAUAUCAUGAUCCAGAUUACAUUAAUACCUUACCUUAUCAUGGUUCUACCUUUAUUCAAUGAGCCACGUCAGAGCUCUCAGACAGGUUGUCCACUAAAACCAUGGGACUGAGACAGAGGUGAACAAGUGCUACAAAGUGUACUCUGUGGAGCUGUAACUUACUGUGGUUUAUCAUACUUUAGUGGAAUACUUUCUGUUUUAAGGAUUAGGAUGAUGGUUUAACCAGGACAAAGGACACAAUGUGGAGUGUGAUAUCCAGUAAUACUGUAUCAUUUUUAUGUGGCAUUGAAAGUUAUUUUGUUUAGUGCUUCGUGUACUGGAAAUAUUGACACAUUUUUAGGCAUAGGCAAAGUCACAAACACUUUUUUGUAGUCAAGGAUGUACCUACCAAAGGGAUACAUUUUCAUGUCAGUAAUUAGCUAAGCAUUUUUAUGGAAGAUGCCAGAUUGGCUCAAUCAAUUGAACGUGGUGAUCAAUAUUCAAAGGGUCUACAUAUCCAACUCUACCUCUACCCUUGCCUGACAUUGACACUCACAGUAACGACAGUGGGUGUACAGUAUAUCACGGCGGGCUGGUUCCACCACUAUAUCUCCAGUGUAAGAGUAGCCGGGCCCCUCCUGCUCUGUGGGAGCUGCCCUCCCCCAGCCUGGACCCUGUCUCCUCUACCCUGUUGGUGCUCCUGCACUCGGCUGUGCUGGCCGAGGAUGAUGUGGCAAUGCCAUGUCUCGUCCUCGGAGUGCCGCUGCUACCGGCUGAAGGGCUUUUCCCUGCUGAAGCGCUUCCCUCUCUCGGCAGAUGGGGCCUGCAGCAAAGCCCUGGACCAGCCCGUGGGUGAGUGGCUGGAGCAUGUGGGGCUGCCACAGUACGAGAGCAAGCUGCUGCUUAAUGGCUUCGACGACCUACGCUACAUGGGCAGUAACGUGAUGGAGGACACAGACCUUAGAGAUAUGGGAAUCACUGACCCUGGCCACAGAAAGAAGAUCAUCCGUGCAGCACGCAGCUUGCCCAAGGUGAAAGCCCUGGGCUGUGAUGGCAGCACCUCUCUGUCCACCUGGUUGGAUGUGCUAGGCCUCCAGGAGUACCUGCCUAACUUCCUGUCCAGUGGCUACCGUACCUUGGACUGUGUGAAGAAUCUAUGGGAGCUGGAGAUUGUCAAUCUGUUGAAAAUCAGCCCUCUGGGCCACAGGAAGAGAAUCAUAGCGUCUCUGGCAGAGCGGCCCUAUGAGGAGGCCCCGACCAAAUCACAGAUCUCUCACCGUCUCUCACAGAUCAGGUUUCAGGACCUGUUGUCCCAGACAGGGACCUCUCCUCUGAGUCAGAUGGACCCUUCCACCAGUCGCUCCAUGGACAUGCUCCUGCCCUUGGGAGAGGCAGGCAGGAGGAGGAGAGCCAUGGACCAGGACUGUAGCGUGUCCCUGCGCUCCUACAGCGAGAGACCCCGCUCCCACGACAGACAGAGUGACCGACACAGGGAACCCCGUUUGACCCUCCGGCCGCCGAGCCAGUCUGCCACGUACACCACGGUCUCUGCUUGGCAUCACCAGCCUGAGAAACUUAUCUUAGAGUCUUGCGGGUAUGAGGCCAGUUAUAUGGGAUCAAUGAUUAUCAGGGAUCUAAGGGGGAUUGAGUCCACUCAAGAAGCCUGUGCUAAAAUUAGGAAGUCAAAGGACCAUUCAAAAAAGGGUCCUGUUGUCAUCCUCUCCAUCACUUAUAAAGGGGUCAAGUUCAUUGAUGCCGCCACCAAGACAAUAGUAGCCGAGCAUGAGAUCAGGAACAUCUCCUGUGCGGCCCAGGACCCUGAUGACCUCUGCACCUUCGCCUACAUCACCAAGGACAGUAAGAGUGGCCACCACUUCUGCCAUGUCUUCAGCACUGUGGAAGUGACUCAGACCUAUGAGAUCAUCCUGACACUGGGACAGGCAUUUGAGGUGGCCUAUCAGCUGGCUCUCCAGACCAAGGCCAGGCAGUAUGUCCCAGUCCCCCCACCGUCUCUGGGGUCAGAGGUCAUUGAGACCAAAUCCAGCCGGCCCACGUCACAACAAUGGAGCAGCAUGAGGAGAUCAACAGGUGCCCCUCUGCUAGAAUGCCGCUGCUGUUACUGUCACACGUGUACUACCCACCGCCCCUCCUUCCUCCCGUUGCACUCUGUUAGCCCUGGAGUCCAGAUUGACCCUCUGGAGAUGGACGCAGACAUGCAAUCCCUGGGCAGCGCCACCUGGCUCUUCAACCAGAGAGACUCCAACAAGCGCCCUGUCAGCACCAACUCACUCCAGCGUUCAAGUUUCCGGACACCAAGCUGUGAGUUGAAGUGGAGCAGCCAAUGUGAGUGUCUGCGUGUGUGUAGACUAGAGCCAGAGAGACUAACAGAGACACAUACAGCAGGUCUAUGAGUGACUGUUUGAUAAGGUCUGCUGCCUUCUACAACCUCGCCUGAAUACAAAGUAACAUAUAAAGGAUAACCUUACACUAGCUGUCUGUCUCAACUGGGCAUGGCAGGGCCUGUCUCUCACUCCUAUCUCGAGAAAGUUCAGUCUGAAAUCUCCUCCCUGGCCUCACACUGACUGUCUUUACCUCCACUCCUUACUUCAAGUAGGUACUGUAAUCUACAGAAUAUAGACAAUUAAUGCUGGGCCAGUAAUGACAAUUUUAUUGAUUUUGGUCUAUUUGAGAAAAUCAUGUUGUUACUGUAAGGAUCUAGGAGAGUCAACGAGAGUACAUUCAUCAAAUGUAGCACUUCUGUACCAGCAUAAUAAUGCUAUGCCCAUGUAUUUGUGGACAGAGUAUAGUUUGUCAAUGAUUAUGUGAUGUUUAUUUAUUCCAAUUAAAAGCAAAAUAUACCUGAAAUUAAAUAGUACAAUGGAAAAUGUUAUUCUUAAGGUA